AUGAAGGUACUUUCAGACAAGCAGGUAAAAGCAUUCUUAAAUGCAGACUUAUCGAAAAAAAGCUUGCUCAAUACGUAUCAUCCGAUCAUGUUGAAACUUUUACAUGAUUUCAAAAAUACCCCAGAAUCAGUUCCUCCCAGAACAGUUAGACUGUCCAACACUAUACCAAGUUUGACUCAUUUAUUUAUGCCAUGCAAUGCCCCGGAUAAUGCAGGAAUCAAGUUGAUCACUGGGGGACCAACAAACACUGAAAAGGGGCUAGGCUUGGUUGGUGCUACUCUUAUUGUAGAUGCUGCAACUGGUUUGAUGGAAGGGCUAGUCAACGCAAAAAAUUUGACUGCUUUCAGAACCGCAUUGGCUACUAGUGUUGGUAUGGUUAGGGCCAUAGAUCCAAAUAGAAAAGACCUAGAGCAAAUAAUGUUGCCUUCCAUUGCUUCUUUCGGUGUUGGAUUACAGUCCUACUGGCACAUCAAGUUAGCUUUGACUUUAUAUCCAGGACACAUUAAGACCGUUAAGGUUGUUAACAGAAGUUUAGGUGGUGCGGAAAAUUUAGCCCAGGAAUUAUCGAAGGAGUACCCCGAAAUUGACUUUAAGGCUUAUCUGUGGCAGGGUGACCUAGAUGGUGAGGUGAUUUCCAGUGACUGUAGUAUAAUUUUUGGUUGUACACCAUCCACGGAGUCAAUCAUUCUAGAGAAAUUCAUUAAUAAAGAUGAACAAUACAAAACAUUCAUUGGAUUAAUCGGUUCCUAUAAGCCACAUAUGAUUGAAUUGGAUUUGCAGUUUAUAAUUGACAACUACAAGAAUGAUGAGAGGAAACCAAAGUUUAUAGUUGACUCACUGGAACACACCUUAGCAGAGGCUGGGGAGUUAAUCCAGAGUGGGCUAGGCGAAGAUCAAGUCUUAGAACUUACAGAAUUGAAAGAUAUUCCCGAUGAAGAAAUUACUACAACUAAGGGUAAUAUCACAGUUCUGAAAGUAGUAGGUCUUUCCCUUAUGGACAUUGCAUUCGGUAAGCAUAUUCUUCAGAACUCUGAAAACGGAACAUUUAUUGAAGACUUCUGA